UUAUUUUGAUAGCAUUUAUACAGCUGUUUACUUCAUCUUAUUUUUCUUCAUUUUCCAAACAAAUUAAGGGAAUUGUGAAAAUUUUGAAAACAUGGCACAAAUAACAUUUAUCGACAAUCUUUUAAAGGAGUAUUUGGUAUUUCGUGGUUUCUCCUCCACAUUAAAAACACUUGACCAAGAACAAAGAACUGAAAAAGAUCAAAGCUUCCGUUCUGAAAAAUUGUUGGAGAGUUUUAAUCAGUGUAUACAAAAUCAUGAUUUAACUGCAUUACGUUCACUUUGGACUCACUUAGAUAGUAAUCUCUUCAGCAAACUGGAACACACUUAUGCUACAGCUGUAAAAAAAUUGGAAAAUAGUCUGUUGAAGCUUUACCUGGUGACUGCGUAUUCAAACAAUCGUUUGGACAAAGUCACUGAAUUCUUUGCAAAACUCGCAGCAGAACUGCAACAGCAAAGCGAAUGGAAGGACUGGUUUUAUUUCCCAUUUUGUAAAAACGCAGAGGAAUCACCGACUUUUGCUUUGUACUUUUCAAAACAAUGGCAAGAUACAUUACAGUUAUCCUUGCGUAACUUUCUUACAACAAUAUAUCAAUGUCUACCACAACCAACAUUCGUGCGUGCAGAGUAUGAGGCCGCCCACAUAAGACGUCUUCAAGAAGAGAAUGCUUUGCUGAAAACUCGUUUACAACAAGUGCAACAACAGUUAUCGACAUCAAAUAGUACACAAAAUCUUAAUACCGCCGGCAGUGAUUCGAGCGGCGUGCGUCGUCGUACAUCAUAUAGACCUCAGCAAAGUCUUAGUGACAUUUUGCCAUUUGAUGUAAGUCCCCCCGGGCAUGUAGUGGACGAUUUCUCGGUUAUCUCGUCCGAAGUAAAUAAUGUGGCGCAAGCGAGUGACGCACAGGCACGUGGUUUGCGUUUGUUAAUACGUAAUAUUGGAUCGGGUGGGUCGCCAGACACAGGCGGUCGUAAAGACGCCAGCAGUGGCGGAACUAAUGACAAGGCCAACAAACGCCGUUCGGGUAGUGUAGGGCGUAAUUGGAUUUGAAGAUAUUUUACAUAAAGGAAUAAGAAAUAUUUUAAUUAUAGUCUUAACACUUACAUAUACUCACUAAAGUACUUCAUAAAUAUUCAUUAUCGAUAAUUCACAAGCAUUCGAUAGAAAUAAAGACAUACAAAUAUUCCAUUGUUACACAAAAUAGACUCUUUUUUAUUAAAACAUAUUUUAGAUUGAAUCUAUAUUAUAUAAAUUGCACAUUUUAAACUACCAACUUGUGUUGCAUCUAACAGUGAAUAGGUGAUGUAUUAUAGUUGCUCAAUUUAAAAUUGUUUGUGUCUAUAUAGUAUAUCUGCAUUUGGAUUCAACAUUCUCAUUUAUCUGUGUAUAAUAUUAAAAAUAGCAUAACUUUAAGUUUGUAAUAACUAGUUAGUGUUGUACAUUUAUCACAUGCACCCGAGUUGACGAGACAUUUCUGUGUGUUAUACAAUGCAGUGUAUUAAUAUAGUUGCUUUCGCGUUACAUUCAACAAUUCAUAUUAUUAUAAAAAUGAUCUACUUUUUCCUUGUUUAUUUUAAAAUAGCUGAUUUUCUAAAUGUGCAGUGGUCGAUAAUGCCCUAAAAUAGCACUGCAGAAAUAAAAACUAUCUACUUUGCUCCUAAAUAUAUUACUGGCGCAUAAAAAAAAAAAACAAAAACAAAA